AUGACGCGGAGUCGCUUGCUGCAGACGGCGAGAGUUUUCGCGCGCCGGUUCGCAGGUCACUCUCAGUUCGCGAACAUCAAGCACAAAAAGGCUCGCGAGGACGCUCGACGAUGUAAGGCUUUCCAACGUGUUUUCAACGCCAUUGGUGCAGCUGUGCGCGCACAAGGCGGAGACGCUAACCCUGAAAGCAAUCCAAGGCUAGCAACCGCACUAGAAAUGGCACGCGGUGUGCGUAUGCCAAAAGAGAAGAUCGCUGCAGCCCUGGAGUCUGCGAAAGGCUCCGGAGUUCGGGCAACCGGACCCGUGUCGGAUCUAGAGCUCGUCGUUUAUGAAGCAUACCUGGGGACGGAGCCCCUGCUUAUUGAAUGCUUAACGGACAAUCGACGCCGAACGGCCCCACGUCUUCGACACUUGUUGAACGAGCACGGCGGAACACUUGCACCGGACGGAGCUGUGCUCUGGCAGUUCAACCGAGUUGGACGAGUGCUGAUUCGGUGCUGCCCGCGCUUUGAACAAGCCUGGCUUGACGCGAUUAUUGACACUGGUCUCGUCGAGAACCUGGAGCACUAUCGAGCAGAUGCACAACCGAACGGCGACAAAACAAACGAGAACGAGGAAUACGUUGAGCUUGAGACCGCCCCGGAGCUACUCUCGGCUCUGGAGGAGCACGUCCGCCAGCUUGCAGAUCAAAUUCGUCACGAAUCGACGUUCAGCAUGGAAAUCGUCUCGGCGGAGUUGGCUUGGAAACGAAAAUCCGAAGCUGGAACGAGCGAAGGUUCAGAGCGGCCGCCAGAGUUGGAUGAACUCAUUCAGGCGCUCGAGGCGGAGGACGACGUCCAGCGCGUGAUUUCUGGGUGA